AGAGACCAGCAUGGAAGGCUCAGUAUAAAUAGCAGCCACCUCUCUCUGGCAGGCAGGGACCCGCAGCUCAGCUACAGCACAGAUCAGCACCACGAAGCUUCUCACGGGCCUGAUUUUCUGCUCCUUGGUCCUGGGUGUCAGCAGCCGAAGCUUCUUUUCGUUCCUUGGUGAGGCUUUUGAUGGGGCUCGGGACAUGUGGAGAGCCUACUCUGACAUGAGAGAAGCCAAUUACAUCAACUCAGACAAAUACUUCCAUGCUCGGGGGAACUAUGAUGCUGCCAAAAGGGGACCUGGGGGUGCCUGGGCCGCAGAAGUGAUCAGUGAUGCCAGACAGCAUUUCCAGAGACUCACAGGCCAUGGUGCGGAGGACACGCUGGCUGAUCAGGCUGCCAAUGAAUGGGGCAGGAGUGGCAAAGACCCCAAUCACUUCCGACCUGCUGGCCUGCCUGAUAAAUACUGAGCCUCUUCACUCUGCUCUCAGGAGACCUGGCUGUGAGGCCCUCAGGGCAGGGAUACAAAGCUGGGAGAGGGCACACAAUAGGUAUCUAAUAAAUACUUAAGAAGUGGAA